AGCCUAUCUACUCCCUCACUGCAGUGCUGUGCAUUAGAUGGUUAGGGGCUGAGCAGCUUCUCUGGUCUCCUGCUCCCUGGAUGCAGCUCCGGCUUCUGCAGACAGGUCAUAUACAUUUCUAGAAACCCAUUGGGUAGCCUGUUUAUAAGUCUCUUUUAAAGACCCCACAAUCACAGCAUUAAUUUUAGAUGACAACCACAGUUACAAGCUAAGGAACUGCUCUCUUUUAUUGACAGCACCUGAAGGGUGCAUGAAGACAUGAAUUACAAGAAAAGGUAAUUAACUGGAGGAAGUAAAUAAUGAUGCCUCAAAAUGAUUACCUUUAGAAUAAAGGACACUGCUAUGCAUCUUGGGAAAGAGUAAUAAUCAACUAAAAGAAACACUAUGAAGAUUAUAACAGAAAUCACACUGGAUUAACAGUCAGCAACAAGGACCACAAGGCCCAAAUCAAAAAAUCCUCUGCAGGAAUGACAGCAAUAUUUAUAAUACAAGAGUAUGAUUUUUCCCAAGUUCAAAUUUAUGGCAAAAUAUUAUAUUACUUGCACAAGUAACAUCUGUAUGUGACAAAUAUUUAACCGAAAUGUGACACAUCUUGAACGAGACUUUCUUUUCUCCCCUAUUCCCCUUUCUCACCUUGACCUUUAACCUUCCCAGUUACAUUUUCACUUUUUUAUUACUAUUUGUAUUUAUUUGCUCCUUCUGUUGUUAUUUUUUUAUUUUUGUUGUUUAGUUUCUGUACUUUUCUUUGUAUUUUUUUUUUUUUGUGUGUGUGUUUUGACUGAUUCUCUCAGGUCCUACCUUGCUCCUUGGGGUAUAAUGGGUGAUGGUCCCUUGAAAAAGAGAGUGAUGGUGACCUUUUAUUCAAAUCAUCCCCAUGGAUACCUCCCUUCCCUCUCUCACAUGGAACUUUUCUUUCAAUGCUUCAGGGAGCCCUAUUACAGCAAAUCCCCAUUAUGGGGCCCUUUUCAUUAUGCUUCUUAUGGACCUAUCGGCAGUAGCUGGGAAUGUGGCUGUCAUGGGGGUCAUCAUGAAGACUCCAUCCCUCAGGAAGUUUGUUCUGGUCUUCCACUUGUGUGUGGUGGAUCUCUUGGCUGCACUUACACUUAUGCCCUUGGCUAUGUUGUCUGGAAGUGGAGGCACUUCCCUGUAUGAAAUCCAGGGAUUAGGGCAGAUGGCUUGCCGUGCAUACUUGUUCUUGAGUGUUUGUCUUACCAGUACUGGCAUACUAUCAAUCUCUGCCAUAAAUAUUGAGAGAUAUUACUAUGUGGUACAUCCCAUGAGGUACCAAGUCAAGAUGACCAUGGGACUAGUUAGUUGGGUACUAGCUGGGGUCUGGAUUAAAGCUGUACUCACAUCCCUAAUCCCUGUUUUAGGAUGGAACCCACCUGUCUCUGGACAUUGCAGCUUGCAGGGAGGUGGCAACAGUGUCUUCCGAGCAGGAUUUCUUCUCUUUUAUUCCUCUUUUUAUUUUUUACUGCCUCUCACCAUCAUCUUUGUUGUCUACUGCAGUAUGUUCAAGGUGGCACGAGUAGCUGCCCUCCAACAAGGGCCUCUACCCACUUGGAUGGACAACUCACCUCAGCGCAGGCGCUCAGAAUCUCUCAGCAGCCGUUCCACCAUGGUAACAGGAUCAGGAGCCACACGUGGAACUCCUCAACAACGAGUGACAGGUGGUGGUUCUGGUAGUGGUGGGAAGGCAGCAGCUGUCUUAGCUGCAGUAGGGGGUCAGUUUUUAUUAUGUUGGUUACCUUAUUUUGGCUUCCACUUAUAUGCUGCACUGCGUUCUCCCCCUCCACCCCCUGGAUCACGAGUGGAAUGGAUUGUCACAUGGAUGGGGUUUCUUUGUUUUGCCUCCAACCCAAUAUUUUAUGGUUGCCUAAAUCGGCAAAUUCGUGAGGAACUGGGAAGGUGGGUUGGGUGUUUCUUUAAACGAGGGGGUACUGGGGAGGAUGAGCUUCGUUUACCAAGUCGGGAAGGCUCUAUUGAGGAAAAUUUCUUGCAGUUUUUGCAGGGUACUGGCUGCACGCCAGACACUAGGGCAGUUGUUCAUAUUACCCCUAAAGGGGAUCAACCAGCUGUAGACUUCCGAAUUCCAGGGCAGAUUGCAGAGGAAACAUCAGAGUUCUUAGAACAACCAUGGGAUUUGACAGCUGUGGGCAAAGACUAUAAUAACACUGGUCCAUCUCAAAAAACAUGACCUCCAACAUAUCUUUCCCUGCUCUUGACAAUCUCCUUAAAAGUGUGAUAUAAUGCAGAAUUUCCCUUUAAAGCACUCCUUAACACAUAAUAACCCUCAUAUCCUACUCUGAUUUCAUUGACCAUCUAGUGUUCUCUUCUUCUAGUAUAUUAAGUAGCCCAUAUAAUCCUUUCCUACAGUCUGCCAGAAGAAGAUGACAACAAUUUCAUUCAUUCUAAAUUUGAGUUGUGCACACUUACAAGUUGCCAUAGGCCUUGGAAAACUGUAUUUGAUUGUAAGCUGCAAAGUGGUCAGCCAUGAACCAAUAGUGAUAGUGAAAAAUGCAAAGUUCCUGCACUGAAAAAAAAGUAAAACUUGAAAUCAGCAACAAAAGCUAAUUUUACAAUAAAGUUGCAAUUCUUUUUUACUUUAAAGGGGUAUUCCGCCCCUAGACAUCUUAUC